AUGUGCGCACCAAACACCCCGACCGCAAUCCUGCCAGCUAACCAGGUGUGCUUCAACAGACUCGGCGUCACAGAACCCGUGUACGGCCCUUCGGCGAUCCAAUCCGUUGCCAGCCAGACAUCGACCGCCCCCUACACCGAACUGCAGAAAGAUGAUCUGGCGUGGGAGUGUAUGGACACGACGAAUGUCGAGACCAAGACUUUCUACAUGCUGAGCGACGAGGGUCGUAUUGGGUUGGCGCAGGUGAUAUACAGCAAUGUCAUGGGCGUGCGCACGACGGCACAAUUUAGCUCCAAAAUCUUCUCUCCCAACUCCACCCAACAUCUCUGGUCCUCCGACAACCUCCACCACUUCACCUUCUCCCCCGACAAGCAGUCCUUCCACGCCGACAACUGCGCCAUGGAACUCAGCGAAGACGGCAAGAGCUACACGAUCAAAUCCUCCAUCAGCAAGUCGAGCAUUGUCGAUUUGAAGUUCACCCAAGAGGCUCCCGGCUUGGUGGUGGGCAAGGACGGGACGAGCUCUUUUGGCACCGACCCGAAGAAGCCUUGGGGCCGGAUGAUUCAUAAGUUCUGGCCGCGGUGUAGGGUUGAGGGGCAGAUUUUGACCAAGGAGGGGCCGGUGGACUUUAAGGGAACUGGGAUCUUUGUGCAUGCGCUGCAGGGGAUGAAGCCGCAUUUUGCAGCUGCCAAGUGGAACUUUGCCAACUUCCACUCCCCCAACUACUCCGCCGUGAUGAUGGAGUUCACGACCCCGCCGUCGUACGGUGAAACUGUGGUGACGGUGGGAAGUGUGGUGAAAAAGGACAAAGUCCUCUUCACAGGCGCGUCACCCAACACGAAAGCGGAGCACACGGAUGUCAAAGGAGACCCCGAGAACGACUGGCCGGAACCGGGUGCGGUGAGGUUCACGUGGCAAGGGAAGACCGCCGACGACAAGCAAGGCAAGGCUGUACUGGAGGGCAGUUUGGGCACACGAACGGAUCGGGUGGAUGUAAUGGGCGAGCUGCCGAAGUUUGUCAAGGCGAUUGUGGCUGGAGCGGCGGGCACGAAGCCGUACAUCUACCAGUACGUGCCGAAGAUGACGUUGAAGCUCGACAUUGGCGGCGAGGUGGUGGAGGAGGAGGGCCAGUUGUUCAUGGAGGCCACCUUCAUCUCUUGA